CCCCCGGGCCCAGCCGCAGCAUCGCGGGAGCCGCGGCCAUUGCGGCCGAGGCGGGGCCGCUGCCGCUCUGCCCCGGCCAUGAGGAGGAGGAGGAGGGCGGCGGCUCCGCGCUGAGCCCCCCGCGGGCCGAGCUGAGCCCCUGGACGCUGCUGAGCCCCCCCAGGACUGCCGGGGCUGAGCCCCCGGGCUGACGGGGCUGAGCCCCGGGUGGUGCUGAGCCCUCCAGGACCGUGCUGAACCCCCGGGCUGACGGGGCUGAGCCCCCCCGGACCGUGCUGAACCCCCGGGCUGACGGGGCUGAGCCCCCCCGGACCCUGCUGAACCCCCGGAAUGGAGCUGCUGAACGUCCCCGGACACUGCUGAACGCCCGGACUGACGGGGCUGAAUCCCCGGGUGGUGCUGAGCCCCCCACGGACGCUGCUGAACCCCGCGGCUGGAGGUGCUGGAUCCCCCGGGACACUGCUGAGACCCCCCCGCACUGACGGGACGGAGCUCCCUCAGGACCCCCAGGACCCUGCUGAGCUCCCCCAGGAUCCUGCUGACCCCCGGACUGACGGGGCUGAGCCCACCCCGGACACUGCUGAGCCCCCCGGGCCGCUUCUGAGCUCGGGGCUCCGCCGCAGGCACUUGGAGGAUUAUCCAGUGGUUCAGUGCUGAGGGAAUUCUGUGGGAGCAUGGCUGGAGCAGGACACGGAGCCUGGGCACAGAAUGCAGGCAGUGAUGCGUGCUGCUCCUGCCUGCCCUCCCGGUGGCUCCGUGCCGCGGCACUGUGACCCCGCCGUGCUCCCGCCGUUGCCGAGCUCCGGAGCGGGUGCCAGGAGCCAUGAGGAGGUUUGGCUACUGCCGGGUGGUGCUGGCCACCUCCCUGCUCUGGGUGCUGCUGGACGUGUUCCUGCUGCUCUACUUCAGCGAGUGCAACAAGUGUGAUGACAGCAAGGAGCGCUCCCUGCUGCCCGCCCUGCGCGCCGUUAUUUCCCGGAACCAGGAGGGCCCGGGGGAGAUGGGCAGGGCUGUGCUCAUCCCCAAGGAGGAGCAGGAGAAGAUGAAGGAGCUGUUCAAGAUCAACCAGUUCAACCUGCUGGCCAGCGACCGCAUCGCGCUGAACCGCAGCCUGCCCGACGUGCGGCUGGACGGGUGCAAGAGCAAGGUGUACCCGGAGGAGCUGCCCAACACCAGCGUGGUGAUCGUGUUCCACAACGAGGCCUGGAGCACGCUGCUCAGGACCAUCCACAGCGUGCUGGAGCGCUCCCCGCCGCGCCUGCUGGCCGAGAUCGUCCUGGUGGAUGAUGCCAGCGAGAGAGAGUUUUUGAAGGCCUCCCUGGAGAACUACGUGAAGAAGCUGGAGGUGCCCGUCCGGAUCCUGCGGAUGGAGCAGCGGUCGGGGCUGAUCCGGGCCCGGCUCCGAGGGGCGGCAGCUGCCAAGGGACAGGUGAUCACAUUCCUGGAUGCCCACUGCGAGUGCACCCUGGGCUGGCUGGAGCCACUGCUGGCCAGGAUCAAGGAGGACAGGACCCCAACUAUGGCUGGUGGCCUGUUUUCUAUUGACAGGAACUACUUUGAAGAGAUAGGAACUUACGAUGCAGGAAUGGAUAUCUGGGGUGGCGAGAAUCUUGAAAUGUCCUUUAGGAUCUGGCAGUGUGGAGGCUCCCUGGAGAUCGUCACCUGCUCCCACGUGGGACACGUGUUCCGCAAGGCCACCCCCUACACCUUCCCGGGGGGCACCGGCCACGUCAUCAACAAGAACAACCGCAGGCUGGCCGAGGUCUGGAUGGACGAGUUCAAGGAUUUCUUCUACAUCAUCUCCCCGGGGGUGGUGAAGGUGGAUUACGGAGAUGUUUCCGUAAGGAAAGCCCUGCGGGAGAGGCUCGGGUGCAAACCCUUCUCCUGGUACCUGGAGAACGUCUACCCUGACUCACAGAUCCCACGGCGCUACUACUCCCUGGGAGAGAUCAGGAAUGUUGAAACCAACCAGUGCUUGGACAACAUGGGCCGCAAGGAGAACGAAAAAGUGGGAUUUUUCAACUGCCAUGGCAUGGGAGGGAACCAGGUGUUUUCCUACACAGCGGACAAGGAGAUCCGCACGGACGACCUGUGCCUGGACGUGUCACGGCUCAACGGCCCCGUGCUGAUGCUCAAGUGCCACCACCUGAGGGGCAACCAGCUCUGGGAGUACGAUGCUGAGAAGCUCACCCUGAGGCACCUGAACAGCAACCAGUGCCUGGCGGAGCCGUCGGAGGAGGACCGGCUGGUGCCCACCAUGCGCGACUGCGGCGGCGGCCGCGCCCAGCAGUGGCUGCUGCGCAACAUGACCCUGGGGGCCUGAUUCCCGCCUCUCAUCCCGCUUGUUCCCGCUUCUCCUGCUGCGCCCGGCGGUGCCCGGCCCUCUCCCGGGCCCAGCAGAGUCACCGGGGGGUUCCUGGUGCCGCGGUGCCCUUG